AUGUCUAUAGAAAAUCCAUUAAAUUCACAAAGUAAAAGUACACGUUCAACAUUAUUACCAAAUAUUCCUAAACCUGAUAAUUAUUUAUUAAAUAUUGUAGAUGAAUUAAAUUUCACUGUUUUUCGUUCAAUAAAUAAUGAUGGUUUAAUUUAUCCACUUAAAAUGACUAUUGAUCAAGUAAAUAUAAUGAAAACUUGGUUAUUACAACGUGCAACAUGUACUAUGGAAUAUAUAUGGGAAGAUUUAGGACCAUUAUUUUGGCCUAGAUGGAUUAAACGUGGUGUUUGUGUGAAUACGCAGUCUUGUUCUUGGCCACCUGGUAUGCGUUGUCGUUCAAGUGGUUCACGAUCAUUGAAAUUAUUAAGAUGGGUUUGUAUAAAUGGUUCAGGUAAAGAAGCAUCAAAUAGACGAAGAAGAGAAUUCCAAACAAACUAUUUAAAUCAUCAUAAUAGAGAUACAAAUUCACAUCAAACAUAUGUGGAUGAACGUAGAUCAAAACGUGUAAGACGUUUAAUACGUAAACUAAGUUUAACAGCUAAUGGUUAUCAUUGUGAAUGGAAUCGUCAUGAAUAUAUGGUUAGUGAUCAUUGUACAUGUGGAUGUGAACAAUCAUCAAUGAAUUCUAAUUGA